AUUAACUUUGGAUUUAAUUUAAUAUAACAAUAAUUUUGUUACAAUAAGUGAAUAUAAAAUUAAUGACAUGUCAUUGCUUUGUUUUAACAGCAGGAAGUUUAUGCCAAAAAGUGCGACUGCGCACUGGCCAAAUUAGUAGGUAGUGUGAAAGAAAAUGGCGAUCAGCGAAAGGCGUCCGGAGUUAACGUGAUGAAAAACAUUGUUAAAAGCUCAAUUACAUAGUGUUAUAGUUAUUAAUUGUGUCAGAUGUAGAUUAAUUAAGUGUUAAUGAAUAGUGAUUGUGUAUAAAAAUGGCUGCGAAUAUGUACAGAGUCGGCGACUGCGUCUAUUUCGAGACGUCGUCGACGUCUCCGUACCAAAUCCGGCGGAUAGAGGAACUGAACAAGACGGCAUCAGGCAACGUGGAAGCGAAAGUCAUGUGCUUCUACAGGCGGCGAGACCUGCCGAAUCCCCUCAUACAGUUAGCUGAUAAGCAUCAAAUGGCACAGUCGGAAGACUCGCCGGUCGCGAUGAAACUCAAGAAAAUUUGCCUUAAGACGCCGAUAGGUGAGGAGCAGGCGGCGCAAGCAGUCCUCGACCCAGCGUUAGCGGCGAUGGAGGAGGAAUCUACGGAGCUGCCGGGCACGGACGGGCUGGCACCGAAGCAGCGGCACCAGGCGAAGCACCGCGAGCUGUUCCUAUCACGCCACGUGGAGACGCUGCCCGCCACACACAUCCGCGGCAAGUGCACCGUCACGCUCCUCAACGAGACGGAGUCGCUGCUCAGCUAUCUCAAUAAGGAUGACGCAUUUUUUUAUUGUUUAGUAUUUGAUCCUUCACAAAAGACUUUAUUAGCAGAUAAGGGAGAAAUCAGAGUUGGAAGUAGAUAUCAGACUGAAGUAACUAAUUUAUUAAAAGAAGAGCCGCGCAACAGUGAAGACCUGGAGACGUUGGUGUGGACCCCGGAGCACGGGCUGACGGACCGGCAGAUAGACCAGUUCCUGGUGGUGUCGCGCUCGGUGGGCACUUUCGCUCGCGCUCUGGACUGCUCCUCCAGCGUGAAGCAACCCUCGCUGCACAUGUCCGCCGCCGCCGCCAGCCGGGACAUCACGCUGUUCCACGCUAUGGAUACGCUGCACAAGUCCGGGUACAGCAUAGAGGGGGCUCUGUCGUCCCUGGUGCCAGCCUCGGGGCCGGUGUUGUGCCGCGACGAGAUGGAGGAGUGGUCAGCCUCCGAAGCCAAUCUCUUUGAGGAGGCGCUCGACAAGUACGGCAAGGACUUUACCGAUAUACGACAGGACUUUUUGCCAUGGAAGACGCUAAAGAACCUAGUGGAGUACUACUACAUGUGGAAGACGACGGACCGCUACGUGCAGCAGAAGCGCGUCAAGGCGGUCGAGGCGGAGUCCAAGCUGAAGCAAGUGUACAUUCCCAAUUACAACAAGCCGAACCCGGCGCUGGUGUCUAGCGGUGGGGGAGCGGGUGCGGGCGGCGCUGCAGCUGCGGCCGGCAAGGCGGGCGCUGUACUCAACGGCGGCACCAACGGCACCGCGGCACCAAAUCUAUGCGCCUCCUGUCAAGUAACAAAUUCAAACCAGUGGUACGCGUGGGGUCCCCAACAUUUACAAUACAGACUUUGCGGCUCUUGCUGGCAAUAUUGGAAGAAAUAUGGAGGACUUAAGACGGCUGGCGUAUUCGGCGAGAGCGAGGCUGAGGCGGCGAAGGGUGCGCGCGAGGGAGACGAAACUGCGCUGUCAGCAUCACACCGCCCGCACCGCUGUACUGUGCUCAACUGCGCCAAGGAGUUCAAGUUGCGCGCGCACCUGGCGCGGCACGUGGCGACGGCGCACGGCGCGGGCGAGGGCGCGCGGCCCGUCAUGAAGACGCGCGCCGCCUUCUACCUGCGCGCUUCGCCCUUCACGCGGCUGGCGCGUCGCCUGGCCCGCGCCCUCCGCCGCCCUAGACACUACGCGCGCUCGCCCUUCUCCCCCAUCAACCUGCACCAGGUCAAACACGAGUGUACUCUGGCAAUGGCCGGCGGUGUGGGCGCCGGUAUAGGCGCGGAGGUGCGCGGGGCGGCGCGCGCACGCGGCCCUGUGGGCGCGGUGGCGGCGCGGCUGGCGGCGGCGCACGGGGGCGCAGCGCCGCGCGCUCAGGACUGGCUCACGCUCACACCGCGUGACCGCAUGCCCGCGCCCAACCACGUCGCCUUCCCCAAGCCUCCCAAAGCGCCAGAUGGCAGCUUGAUGUACGAGCGCGUGGCUUCGCGCGCGGAGCUGGAGGCGCGCCGCAGCGAGCCAGUCCCUGCGCCUGCGCCCGCGCCCGCACCACCACUCAAACGUCGCGCAUAUGACGACAUCAACGGACUCGACAGAGCGGGUGUGGGAGUGGGCGGGGGCCGCGAGGUGCCAGCACCGCCGCCCGCCAAGCGGCCCAACAAGCAUCCCGCGCCCAUGCAGCGGCCAUCGCGCGAGCAGUACGCCGCUAUGUGUGCACGCGCACAGGCCACAGGACAGCCGCUGCCCGCACACGUCUUCACACACGUAAACGGCAAGCCAACGAACCUGACGGGUCGUGGCGGUCGGCGUCACGUCAUCUCGUGGAUGGACGCCCCCGAUGACCUUUACUUCAGAGCCACCGACCUCGCCAAGGCUGGUCGACGGACACUGAGCAGCGGUGAGCUGCGCCGGGGGGCGCGCGCGCCGUGGCGGGCCAUGCGAGGAGCGGCGGUCGUGGGGGGCGCGGCG